UGGCCUGGGACGUCCCGCUCCGCCCUGUCAGCUGUUGGCUUCGGGAGGAGGAGGGGUGCGGCGGUGGUCGCGGUGGAGAGGGGCUGGAUCGCAGUUCGAGGGCGAGAUGUUGUGAUCGGGGGCGGCGGAGGCGGUGUCCCUGCAGUUCACUGAGCGGAGGAGCCUGGUGCCGAGGCUCUCGCCUCCCCGGGUUCGGGAGCCUAUAGGCCCCGGUGCCGCCAUGCAGCCACUGCAAAGCCAGGCCUGGGGCCGCCUCAGCCGUAUCGACCGAGAGAGCGAGAGCCACAUCCUGCUGGUGAACAGCGAGUGGACCAUCGGCAGGAGGAAGGGUUGUGAUUUAUCAUUUCCUGGCAAUAAGCUUGUCUCAGGAGACCACUGUAAAAUAAUUCGUGAGCAUACUGGGCAGGUGUGGUUAGAAGACACAAGUACCAAUGGAACAGUCAUCAACAAAUCCAAAGUGGUGAAGAAACAGACCUAUCCAUUGCAAAAUGGAGAUGCAAUUUACGUUGUCUACAGGAAAAAUGAGCCAGAUCAGAAUGUUGCCUAUUUAUACAAAGCACUGAAUUCUGAAGAGGAGAGUGUGGAAGAUGCUUUGGGAUCAUCUUGCAGUCAGGUUAAUCAGAUUAUCAGUGAAACCUCAAGUUUGGACAGCAGCUCCAACCAAACGUCAGUUGCCAAUCCCCUUUGUUCCAAGCGAGUGGAGCACCCUUCACGAGAGGAUCCACAACCAUGCACAUCUAACUACAACCCUUUCUGUACCUCUGCAGUGGAUUCUAUCGCUAGUCAGCCUUCUGCCUCUACUCUGCAACCAUGCAUUUCCUCAACAGGGCCAUUGUCCACCACUGGACCUUCUGCACUCACACAAGAAACUAGCUGCUCAGCAGCACUUUGGACUUCAUGUCCAAGGCCACCCAGUCCUCCUUCAGCAACCUCACGGACUUGGGCAGGCACGGAAAACACACCAGGAUUUGAAGUCUUAGCAUACACUGUUUCUGAUGUCCAGGCCAAAGAAGAGGACAUGGAACCAGCCAAAAAGAAACAGAAAAGAGAGAAUGAUGGAACUCCAGAACCAUUUCAGCUCGGUGAAGGUCAGAGUUCAAAUGUUAGGCACGAGGAUCAAGGGAACUUGGAGGGAAAACAGCCAGACAAAAUGGAGGAAACACUCACCUGUAUCAUCUGUCAGGAUUUGUUGCACGAUUGUGUCAGCCUUCAACCAUGCAUGCACUCUUUCUGUGCAGCCUGUUAUUCAGGGUGGAUGGAGCGGUCAUCACUCUGCCCAACUUGCCGUUGUCCUGUUGAACGCAUUAGCAAAAAUCACAUGGUGAAUAAUCUUGUGGAAGCUUAUCUCCUCCAGCAUCCAGAGAAAUGUCGCAGUGGAGAUGAACUCCAAAGCAUGGAUGCCAGAAAUAAAAUUACCCACGACAUGUUACAGCCAAAGAUUAAACGGUCAUUCUCCGAUGAAGAGGUCAGCUCUGAGGAUUUUCUGGAACUGUCAGAUGUGGACAGUGAAUCUUCUGAUAUUAGUCAGCCAUACGUUGUGUGCCGACAGUGUCCUGGAUACAGGGCCGAGAGCAAUCAGACUUCUUUCUUACCGGGUCAGCACAGUGGAUCCUGUGAGUUGCCAGGCUUUAGAACGACUGGGGACGCCCCGUCAACCUCUACCUGUACUCUUGUCGCUGUCCAAGAGUACACCUGCCCUGUCCGGGGUCCUCAUACGAUUUGCACUUGCUGUUUUCAACCAAUGCCUGACCGGAGGGUGGAACGUGAACAGAAUCCAACCAUUACUCCUCAACAAUGUACAGUUUGUUUACGGCCUUUCUGCCACAUGUACUGGGGCUGCUCUCGAGUAGGGUGUUCAGGAUGCUUGGCAAGAUUUUGUGAUAUAAAUUUUGGAGAAAAAUGUUUGGAUGGAAUAUUGAACAACAACACGUUUGAAUCUGAUAUCCUGAAGAAUUACCUUGCAUCCAGAGGCCUUACUUGGAAAGAGAUGCUGCAGGAAAGCCUUUUAGCUCUUCAGAGAGGAACAUUUGUUCUGACAGAUUAUAAUGUUUCAUCAAAUGCUGUUCUCUGUUACUGCUGUGGACUACAUAACUUCCGCGAGCUGGCUUAUCAGUACAGGCAGAACAUUCCGAAAGAGGAACUUCCAGGUUCUGUAACUGCACGUCCAGACUGUUACUGGGGUCGAAACUGUCGAACGCAAGUUAAAGCACAUCACGCUAUGAAAUUUAACCACAUCUGUGAACAAACUCGCUUCAAGCACUGAAGAUAUUCGAUGUCAAAGCCAUUGCAGCUCCUAGAGAAUGAAGAUUGAAUGGAUCUGAACUUUAAAAAUAGUCUUUAGAAAACUUUCUACAAAUUUAUGAGGCUCUGGAGCAUUGUAAAAAUUUAUACCUAAAAGAUGAAAGGGCAAGAUAUGGACCAGCCGGCACAAAAUUCACCCAUUUUUCUGCUGUGGUAGGAACAUAGUGCUUAGAGCUAUGAAAAUGGUUACGUUAAAGAUGCACUGCGCACAAUUUCAGAUUAUGGCUUGCAAAUAUUUACUCUAGUACUGUAAUGUCACAUUUUCCACAUAAAAUUAAUUCUUGUUUUGAAACUGCUGUGCAGUUAAUAUAAGAGUAUAAUUUUUUUUAAUUUAAAACAGAAGAACUGGAGAUGCAUCUUUUAAAAUUGUUGCUUUUAUUGAGCAAGAUUCCAGGGAUAUUCAUUACAAAAUAGUUAAGGCACUGAGAACAUAUAAUUUCAUGUCCAUUCUGGUGACUGCCCAGAAGUAUUUCUUCAACGUCUUUUGUAGAAACUGAGCUUGUAAAGAUUUAAUUUUCAACAAAGUAUUUUAAGUGGAAGAUUCCCGUGGACUGCUAUGGGAGCUGAUUUCAUUCCUGACUGCACACGCCUUUUUACUGCAGACAUCCUAAACGUUUAGAAUUUGGCAGGGAUUGCUCACUGACGGGGUGAUAUUGGCCACCAAUGAUAGCUAAAAGGGGUCAGAUCUGUGGUUGUUAAAGUAAACCUGUGCAGGAGAAUUUGUCUGCCAGCUGUACUUACCUUCUGUUUUUAUUGCAUUUUAAUGGAUUGGCCGAAUGGUCCAUGACCUACAGCGUGGAAUGUGGGGGAGGUGAUACUCUUGUACCCAUUCACUGGUAGGAGGUGAAGGCACACUUCUCCCACAGCUUCCAUAAGAAAGUCAUUGUGAAUUGUUUGCUGUUUUUAUAAAUUGCUUCAGGGUUUUUCCAAGUUUAGAAUCCUGUCUGAGAUUUCCUUGUGUGAGUUAGUCCUUUGUGUGUUAAGCACCAACUCCUUGUUCAAGUGACCAUGCUUUAAGGAGCCACUGGCUAGUGAGUGUCAGUGGGCUUUUUAUGGGAGUCUUGUAGUCACAUCUGAAUGAAUCUUCAAUUGACAUUGAUGUUCAAAUGGUUUAACUUGAUAUCAAAGAGUGUGUACAGUAUACAACUGGAAAUUCUUACUCUUCAGACAUGUCUGAAUCAGAGUCAGGUUUAGUAUCAGUGGCAUAUGUCAUGAAAUGUUGUUUUGCAGCAGCAAUAUAUUGCAAUACCUAAUUUUUUUUAAAACCUAUAAAUUACAAUAAGAAAUGUAUAUCUUUAAAAAAAAAAUUAGGGGUCCAAAAGAGAGCAAAGGAAAAAUGAGCUCGAGGAUGUUGGUUCGUUGUCCAUUCAGAAAUCUGAUGGCUGUGGGGAAGAAGCUGUUCCUAAAACAUUGAGUGUGUCUUCAGGCUGCUGUACCUCCACCUGGAUGGUAGCAAUGAGGAGGCGUGUCCUGGGUGAUGGGGGUCAUUAAUGAUGGACAUCUUAACACUGGAAAUGCUUGGGACUCGGUCCAGAAUUCUGUACUGAGAAACCUGAGGCUAUUUCAGAUCAAGUAUGUGCCUACUCUAGAUUAUAACUGAUGGGAGUACUACAGCACAGCAGCAGACCCUUCUGCCCACAAUGUCAAUGCUAACAAUUGAUUCUAUUUACCUUGCCGUACUCGGCAAAAAAUAAAAGUCAUAGAGCACAGAAAACACCCUUCAGCCUGUCCAGUCCAGGCUGAACUGUUACUCUGCCUAGUCCCAUUGACCUGCACCUGGACCAUAGCCCUUCCUAUCCCUCCCAUGUACUUAUCAAACUUCUCUUAAUCACUGCAGUUGAACCCACAUCCAGCACUUCUGCUGGCGGUUCAUUCAGCAAUUGCACCACAUUUCUAUUCUAGAAAACAGAUACUUCCUGUUCACUAUACCUAUGCCUCUCAUGAUCUUGUGAACCUCAAUCAGGUCUCCCCUCAGCCUCCGACACUCCAGAGAAAACAACCCAAGUUUGUCCAGCCUCUCGUGAUAGCGCAUGCCCUCUAAACCAGACAGAAUCCUGGUAAACUACUUCUGCAUCCUCUCCAAAGCCUCAACAUCUUCCCAAUAGUGGAGCGACCAGAACUGUACACAAUACUCCAGAUGUGGCCUAACUGAAGCAAACCUCAUUAAAACCUUGUGCUUAAGUAAGGUACUAGAGCUUGAUCCCCAGAAAAGCAUUUCACUGUCAGGAGGAAACCAAAUACUGUACAGUGUACCUCUGAUCUAUUUCAGAAUACAUUUGAAUCCAAAGAUUCUGGAGGUGUGAAUUAAAAGUUCCGAAAGUGCCUAGCAGGUCAGACAGCAUCAUUUUAAUAUUUCAGGCUGAUGAAGUUUUGUCAGACCUGGGCGAAGUUAGAAAUGAGACAAGUGUCAAGUAGCAGAACAAUGGUGGGGUGGGGGGGUGGUCGUUUUGGAAGAACUUAAUUAAGCCUGUCACCUCUAGUGGAGCACAGGCCACUAACAGUAGCUUCCCAGAGUCUUCUGUCCUGGACCAGUCUUUCACAUUGUCCCCAGAUUUGGCCCAUCUUCUUGGUGUAAUCCUUCUUUUCCCAGCAUUGGGGUCUUCUGAGCUUCUGUUGGUGUUUCUGUAGCGCUGGUUUUGCUAGCCCAAUGCCCAACACCCCCCCUCUUUCGGCAGCCAGGUUUGAGACUGUAAAUGGCGGGAUUUGUUGUGGAAGAACAAAUCCGUCUGAUUUCCCCUCCAUCUGGGCUCUGAGAAAGUUGUAUAUUGGUUUUAUUUAACAAAGCCCUGAAAAGGGGUAACCCUGUGGUUUAUGUAUCAUAAAGCAAAGGGGUGUAUUUGUCCCAGUGUGGCUGUACCAGUUAUUUGAAAGAGCUUCCUAUUCCCAACUUUUCCCUAUAGUUUUAGCCUUGUUUUAUCCAUUGUUCACAUCGGACUUGGAGGCCACUGGUCGGGGUUUGAAUCUGGGUGGUUUCUUACACACUUUCCAUCUGUGCUGGGUCCCACCAAGCAACUUGGCCUUGGGGUUAAAAAUAAGCAGACAAAAAUGCUAAAGAAACAGCAAGGUUGCCGCCCAACGUGCCAUAAGGCAUGGAAAAGGAACAACAAUUGCCAACAAAAUUGUAAAUUUUUAUUUAAAAAAGCAAUUCUUCAGCUGCAAGGCAACUUACAUCCUGUGACAUCUCUCCAUUAAGUGUUAUGAACAUUUCCUUUACCAUUUUGUUCUUUCAGAAUAAAUCCUCUUCCACUUCCUUGCAUUAAAUUCCAUCUGCCUGCUCUGCCACUAUCCAUCCCUGUCGCCUUUGCGAUUAUCAUCACUUAGCUUCCUACCAAACUUCCUGUUAGUUUUGUACACUUGCCUUGUGUCCCAAAGGUUAUAAUUUAAGCUAGUUUGUUACCUUCAUGAAUUUUACACUUACUGGCAUUCAGAGCAGCAGUGAAGGUUCUCCAUCUCUGUCUGUCCUUGGCCAUCUUCUCUGGUGUGCCCCAUGUGCUGUUCAGGGUCCUUAUUUCUGCCAAGUUGUGUUUGGUCUCCCGCGUUUUCUCCACCCUUCAGAGGUCCAGUGGGACUGUCUCGAUGAUGAUUGUGGCGUGUCCUCUUGAUGACAGUGAAGGAGUAGGGCAUGGUCUUCUUGGCCAGAAAAUGUGGAGCAUCUUGGUCUUGGCGUGUUCAAGGGCACUUCGUCAUGGCUGAUUCGUUUUCCUUCUCGGCCUCAAUGUUCUGCCUUUUCCCCAUAUCCCUGCACACCUUGACUAGUCGAGAAUACUGGUUGACAUACUGGUUAAUUGUUCUGUGAUUAGGCUAAGGAUUAAAUAGGUGAGUUGCUGGGCUGGAAGGGCCUGUUCUGUUCUGCACUGUGUCUCUAAAUAAACACAUAAACGACCAGCCUCCAGGAGCAUUCUUACUGCCUGUUACACUGCUGGUGUGUAGGGCAGCAAUGAAGAUCCUCCAUCUCCGGCGGUGCUCAGUGCUUUCUUCAUCACAUCAGUAACUUCCCCUCGGUUUUCACUACUGUCGGUUGCACGUGGAGACUCAGGAAUACCAUUGCACACAGUUGUAGAAGGAUUCUUCAUUUAUGUUUCCGUAACAUUUUUUUUGACCAGUCAGGGUUGUUAGCCCCGAGCUUGGAGGACCAGAGGACCACUCUUAGUCUUUUUGACAUGGGUGACCCUACCAAGAGUCAAAGGACAAGGUUUGUCUCUAGCCAGCAUAGCUCUCUGGGUCAUUGAGGAAUGCAAGCCUCCGAAACAAGAUUGUGAUCCUCGGAGGGAAUUUCAACACAUCAUUAUCUUAGUUGUAUGAAUCUCCAUUGAUAGGUUGGCACUGGUUAUAGCGGAGGCCACCAAUGUAGCUUGUUCGAUCUUGCCUUGAUUCCACCCCCCCCCCCUUAUGUUCACUGGCAUCCUAGUCAUUUGCCCACGUGUUACUGGACUUAACUUUGAACCUGCAUUCUGGAAUACAAGGGUGUUGAUUCUUCAGAUUGGCAAAGUUUCAAGCUCUGUGGUGCCUUUUCAAUGCUGCAUAAACACAACUAGACUGGCUGCUUUUGCUUAAGUACACAUUUUAUACUGAUUAAAAGCAGUUAAGUGAGAUCAGUUUCCAAAUCUCUGCAAAAACUAUCCAGUACGAUUGAGCAAGGUGUUCAGCGGAAGUGAGCAUUACAUCCAGUUGCUCUGCUUAGGAAUUCACAAUUUUCAAUCCCCACAGGUUGUUGAUUCUUACUUAGUUUAUACCUUGGCAGCGGGGGAGUUCCAUAGCCUCGGUUGUAGCAGGGAUUAGGUCUCAAGCUGUAGGCUUGCCUGCUGCUGCAGUCCAGGUGAGUAGACGCCAGAGGCGGUGUAGCGUGGCAUCCAUACUCAAUUGGGAGCUGGCUUCUCCCGUUGGUGCUGCCCUCCAGUGGUUGAUUAGUGGAAUGACAGGCAGGAUCUGUGCCAUCAAUUUAUGGGGCAUGUUGCUCAGGGUCUUGGACUAUUUAUGUUUUCUUGAGUGCCUUUUUUUUAAUUUGCUAUUUUGAAAGUGCUGUGUAUGUUUUGCAACUUGGCCCUAGAGGAACACUGUCUUGUUGGGCUGUAUCCAUGUAUGGUUGAAUGAUAAUUAAACUUAAUUUGAUUUGAUAUUUACUGAACAGAUUUCAAAGUUUCUGCGCAAGCCAAGUGAACAGAACAUGGAGAGCUGGAAGUCUUGAGAUAGAAAAGAAAUGCUGAUUGCAGAGAAUUCAGAUAGGAUGCACCUACAACAGGAAGACCAGAAUACAUCAGAUGCUGUAAAUCUAAAAUAUAGUGUCAAAUGCUGGAAAUGUUAAUGAAGGGUCAUCUACCAGAAAUGCUACCCACUUGUACCUCCACAGAUGCUGGAAAUCCAGAGCAAAUCUCACAAAAUGCUGGAGGAACUCAGCAUUUCAUCUACGGAGAGGAAUAAACAGUCGACUUUUUGGGCCAUGACUGAGAAAGAUCUCCCCCCCAAAAAGUCGACCGGCAGAAUCAGGUUUAAUAUCAUUUGCAUAUGCUGUGAAAUUUGUUAUGUGGCAGCAGUACAUGUCAAUACAUAAUAAAAACUGUAAAUUACAGUAUAUUUAAAAAGUUAAGCAAAAAGAGGGGAAUAAAAAUAGUGAAGUUGUCAUGAGUUUAAUGUCCGUCCAUUCAGGAACCUGAUAGCAUAGGGGGAGAAGUUGUUCUUGAAUCUUUGAGUGUGUGCCUUCAGGCUCCUGUACCACCUCCCUGAUGGUAGCAAUGAGAAAAGGGCAUGUCCUGGGUGAUAGCAUCCUUAAUGAUGGAUGCCAUCUUUCACUUGUUUUAUUUUGAAGCAUUGCUUCAUGAAGACAUCCUGGAUGCUGGGGAGACUAGUGCCCAUGAUGGAGCUGACUGAAUUUACAACCUUCUACAGUUUAUUUCAAUACAGUGUGGUGCACACCCCCGCCCCCCCCCCCAAAUUACCAGGCAAUGAUGCAGCCAGUUAAAAUACUCACCACAGUACCUCAGUAGAAAUGUGAGUUUAUUCAUUUCUGUAAAUACUGCCUGACCUGCUGAGUUCCUCCAGCGUCUUGUGAGUUGCUGCCUAACUUGACUGCCUCAGCACUUUCUAUUAAUUUUAAUAUUGAUUGCUGCAUAUUCCAAUUCUUAAGUGAAUAAGGAUUCUGUGCAUUUUAAGCCAUAUUCCAGAGGCAAACCUAAGCAAUAAGCACUUGAAUCAAUGUAUAAAUUGUGAGUCAGGUGCUGGUUAAUGAGGUAGUGGGUUCCAGGGUCUGUUUCAAUACUGAUGAAUUCCUAGAUAUGAGGAGCUUAUGAUAGAAUUAAAUUGCUGUAACCAUCGGCGAUAGAAGCAGAAUUAAGCUAUUCAAGUCUGCUCUGUCAUUUGAUCAUGGUUGAUUUACUUUUUUCUCUCAACCCCAUUCUCUUGUCUUCUCGCCGUAACCUUUGAAUCCUGACUAAUCAAGAACUUACCAAUCCUCGCUUUAAGUACACUCAAUGUCUCCACAGCCUUCUGUGGCAAUAAAUUGUACAGAUUCACCACCCUCUGAAGAAAUUUCUCCUCAUCUCUGUUCUAAAGGGAUGCUCUUCUACUCUGAAGGCUGUGCCCUCUGGUCCUAGACUCCCCUACUGCAGGAAACGUCCUCUAAGUCAGUUACUUUUGCACUGAUCAUCACCAGUACAGUUCCAGUGUAGAAUCUGGUAUUGCAGAAAACCAUCCAACCCAUUGUCCAAGUGGUAACACUUGAGUCCUAGUAUUGUGUCAAGUGUUUGAGUGCGGCAGUAAUCCUAAAUGUCGCACUUCCAGAACUCUGGGAAAUUGUAGCUGUUAUGAGUGCAUCUUCACCUUAGCUCCAAUUACGUUUACAUUUUUGGCUUGAAGUUACCACUUUAACAAUAAAUUGUCUGGUGCCAUUCCCUUGAGAUUUGAUUUAACCAGGCUUUCUGAAAAUAGUAUCACUGUAUCCUGAGAAAACCCACAAAUGCUUUGUCUUGAGUGAUGUGGAUGCCAGAACGUAGUUGGCCGGAUUCAUCUCGUCCUGCUUUCUAGGCCAGAGUUAACUGCCCAUCAGAUUUAGAAUUCUUUCUCAUGUUUCUCCUUGUAGUCUCCUCCCUUCCUAAAUCUGCAACCUUCCCACUCGUCGUUUCCAACCGUGAGCACUUUCCUUCUGCCACAUUGUCAUCUUAUGAAUCUUCUCUUCCUUCAGCCCAAUAUUUCUAGCUCUGCAUUUGGUAACUCUGGGAUUUUCUGCAUCUU